CACGGGGGCGGCGCAGGCAGCCGGGGUCUGAGCAGCGCCCGCGGCCCCGCCGACUUCAGCACCCGGGACAGAGCCGCGCAGGGGCCGGCGCAGCCGCUUCAGCACCGGGGACAGCGGCCGCUUCGCGCCGGUCUGCGGCCCGGGCCGCCCCGCUCCAGCCCGCAGCCGGGUCCCCGCCGCCCCGCCCGGCCCGGGGCCAUGUCCCGCCGCCACGGGAGGAUGCAGCCGCCGUCCGCCCCCCUGGCUUCGCUCCUGAGCCUCUGCCUGCUCGGGCUCCUGCGAAGAAGCCUGGGCACCGACACAGAGGAGCGGCUGGUCGAGCACCUCCUGGACCCAUCCCGUUACAACAAGCUGAUCCGCCCGGCCACCAACGGCUCGGAGCUGGUGACGGUGCAGCUCAUGGUGUCGCUGGCCCAGCUCAUCAGCGUGCACGAGCGGGAGCAGAUCAUGACGACCAACGUGUGGCUGACACAGGAGUGGGAGGAUUACCGCCUCACCUGGAAGCCAGGGGACUUCGACAACAUGCGGAAGGUGCGCCUGCCCUCCAAGCACAUCUGGCUGCCGGAUGUCGUCCUCUACAACAAUGCCGAUGGGAUGUACGAGGUCUCCUUCUACUCCAACGCGGUGGUCUCCUACGAUGGCAGCAUCUUCUGGCUGCCCCCGGCCAUCUACAAGAGCGCCUGCAAAAUCGAGGUCAAGCACUUCCCCUUCGACCAGCAGAACUGCACCAUGAAGUUCCGCUCGUGGACCUACGACCGGACGGAGAUCGACCUGGUGCUGAAGAGCGAUGUGGCCAGCCUGGACGACUUCACGCCUAGCGGCGAGUGGGACAUCAUCGCUCUGCCGGGGCGGCGGAACGAGAACCCCGACGACUCCACCUACGUGGACAUCACCUACGACUUCAUCAUCCGCCGCAAACCGCUCUUCUACACCAUCAACCUCAUCAUCCCCUGCAUCCUCAUCACCUCGCUGGCCAUCCUGGUCUUCUACCUGCCCUCCGACUGCGGCGAGAAGAUGACGCUCUGCAUCUCCGUGCUGCUGGCCCUCACCGUCUUCCUGCUGCUCAUCUCCAAGAUCGUGCCACCCACCUCGCUGGACGUGCCGCUGGUGGGCAAGUACCUGAUGUUCACCAUGGUGCUGGUGACCUUCUCCAUCGUCACCAGCGUGUGCGUGCUCAAUGUGCACCAUCGCUCGCCCACCACGCACACCAUGCCGCCCUGGGUCAAGGUGGUCUUCCUGGACAAGCUGCCCACCGUCCUCUUCAUGAAGCAGCCACGCCAGAACUGUGCCCGCCAGCGGCUGCGCCAGCCCCGGCAGAACCAGGAGCGGGCCAGCAGCAGCUGCUGCCUGCAGGAGAGCGCCCGCUCCUGCUCCUGCUUCGCCAACCAGGCCACCAUCAGGAAGCUCGGCGUGGGGGCCUGCCGGCAGGUCACCAAGGUGGCUGACAGCGCCAACGGCUACCGGGAGCGGCAGGGGCAGGCCCCGGCGCCCAGCCAGAGGUGCUGCUGCGGGGUGGAGGAGGCGGUGGAUGGGGUGCGCUUCAUCGCAGACCACAUGAGGAGCGAGGACGACGACCAGAGCGUGAGCGAGGACUGGAAGUACGUGGCCAUGGUGAUCGACCGCCUCUUCCUGUGGAUCUUCGUCUUCGUCUGCGUCUUCGGGACCAUCGGCAUGUUCCUCCAGCCGCUCUUCCAGAACUACGCCACCAACUCCCUGCUGCAGCUCAACCACGGCCCGCCCAGCUCCAAAUAGGGCUGGGGGAAGGCAGGCAGCCCUGCCCCGUGCGUGCGGAGCCAUCGCCCCCGGGAACCUUCGCAGCCACAUGGCAAAGACAGCGGCCUGGUGCACGUGGCUGGAGCACGCCGGCCUGGGGGGUUCCCUGGGGCUGGGCCUGGGGCAGUCUCGGGAUGGGGGUCUCAGGGCCUUGCUACUGUUUUCAGUGCUGCCUCCGCCCAAGGGCAUCUGGCUCCCGCUGCUGGGGCGGCUCCACGUCUGCCCCGUUGACAGCAAAGCCCCAGGAGCUGACGGAGGAGACCGGCUAUGAGCCGGGCGCAGCUCUCGACCCAGACCCAGGCAGGGCGCAGCUCGAGGUACCCCAGCCCUUCCUGGGAGGCAUGGGACUGCUCCAGCAACUGCACUGGGGGGUCAAGGAGGGCUCCCCUCCCCCCAGAGGUUAGUGAGGCCAAACGGUACCCACAGUAACGAGGCAUGAGUGGAGCUGGGUGGUUGAUCUCUGCCGUGAAGCCUGCUGCCAGGGUGGCUCGGUGCCAUCCAGUCGCACGCAGCAGGGGCAGGGCCGGCGGGGGGCGCUCUAGCUCAGCACGGCAGGGCCCAGGCACCAUCUGGGGGUGAACGGGCCCCAGGCUGCAGUGAACUGUAUCCCUG